AGAUUGGUGUGGUUAUGUACUCAAUAACUUGUGCAAAGCAGUUUGAAGUUUCAAGAAAAACAAGCAUAAGGAAUCAAGAUCAAGAAUAAGUGGAUGUGUCCUGAUUUCUUCAAAUUGCGUACUUUCAUCACUUUUCAUUUAGAGGGCAGCUUGAACCAACAACAUUACCCUUGAUAAGAUAUUGGACAGAUAAGAAAGUAAGAAAAAGAAUUGCAAGUGAAGCAAAAGCAUCAUUUGGUCAAGGAGAAAUCCUAAAAGAUGUAUAUCUAGUUUGUAGAAAAGGAGGUCAACAAUCAUACUUAAGUGAUGUUAUUGAGACUGCAUCCAAGAAUUUUGCUUACAGAGAGAAAAUAUUAGUCUCUUUCAAACUUCCAGAUGGUGUGAUGACAAACAGUGAGAUACAUGAGGUUGCACAUGAUGAACUGCAGUGAAUAUGUAUGCAAGUGUAUAAAGAGCAACAAAAGCAGAAUGCAAGAAAUACCAGAAUUGCAUCAAGUGGUGGCUGACUAUUGUUUUCUGAAAAACAAAUCAAUGAAAAGUGAACAACUUAUAGCAUUUGAAGCUCCAAUUGCAAUACCAAGGGAUGAUAUGAUAACUUUAGCACCAACAGUCCCUAAUCAAUUGAUAAAUUCAAGCAUUGUUCAAGCAUGGUCAUUUUUAAUGAAUAAAUCAAGUUUGAUGGCCAAACCAUCAUGCUUAUUUUUUGGGAUUGACCACAAUAGACCACUAAAGAUUUCUCUCGCGUCUCAGAAAACUUCUCAAGAGGCUAAAGAUCGUUCUCCUAAAUCAGUUUUGGCUGGACUAAGCCAAACUUGGUUAGAUUGGCUCCAAUUGUGCAAUGUAAAAGACCAGUUUAUGGGGGUUGAUUUGGAAGCAUUAUCUGUUUGUUUGAGAGCAAAUGGGAAAAGGGGAGUGACCACACUUCAAAAGAUAUGGGAAGAAUGGACAAAAACUCAAGCAUUGGACUUGGAUGCAGCUGAAUUUGUAUUUCAAAUUCCAAAAUUUUUGAAGAAAAGAAAGCAUCCAAAAGCAGAAGAAAUGUUGAACUUUAAUCUGGGAUUAAUAGAACUUCCUUUUCUAAAAUCAAGGCAAGACAAUUACUCUGGAAGCUAUCUAUUUCCGCACAUGAAGGCUUAUGAUGGUAUAAAUGGAUUAGGAUUGGGAUCUAUCAAAGAUUGUUGUAAUAAGUAGAACAGAUGAAGUCGUCUUUGGAAGUGGAAGAGUAAUCUGUCUAUGGAGACACAAGUAGAAUCCAAGGAAAGUUAAAGAAAGUAGAAGAAGAGUUCCUCACUGGAACUAACUGAGUUCCUUAACGGGAACAUGAUAAGAAGCUCUCAAACAGGAGCUUGAUAACAAGUUGAGAAGAUUGACUUGGUCUACGUUGAAGACAGCAAGUUCCAUAAGAACUUGGCCUGCGAAGUUCAAGCAAGGAGCUGGAGAGUGAAGGACAGCAGGAACUCAAUCCUGGUUUGCGUAAAGCCCAAGUAUCCUUAACGUACAACGAUUGAUGAGAUAAUCUAACUAGAGAAUAAUGUAAGUCUUUUUGUUAAGUUUAUUUAUCUAUGGAUUAUUGUAAAUAUGUUAGGUUAGUUUAUGCAUGGAAUUUAUUAGAGGCGUGACAAAGCUUGGCAAGCUUAAAAAUGGAAAGUUUAUAAAAGAUAAGUUUUCAAUUUAUGAAAAAGAUUUUCUAAAAAGAUUUUAUAGAAUCUCGUUUUACAUGAUAUUAUUCUUUUCAUAAAUUAUAUCUUUGAUAAAUUUUCAAAAUAGAUUUUCUUUACAAAAGAUUUACAUAAAACGUGUUUUAUGAAAUUGGUAGUUUUAUAAUUUCUAUCUUUUUGAAAAUCCUACUUUACAUAUAAGUACUUCUUGUAUAUAAAGUAGACUUCAUAAUUUACACAACUCGUGAGUUUAUGCGUGAAGAAUCUGAAGAGAGCGUUUAAAUGUAAGUUUGCUAAGUCUAAACUUUGUCAUAUUAGUUUUGGAUUCCAUGUGUAGCUUUCCUAUCACAUAUUAGAGUAAAAGAGUUUGUAUUGUUUUGGUUUGGGUGAGUGUUUAGCUUAUUGCAUACAGAUUGUAAGCUUCUAGGUUGAAGCUGAGUGAGUAGACAUUCAGGGAGUGUCGAGUUGAAUCUAAGUCUGGGAUUGGGUAGGAUAGGGUCCUAUUGUGUAGUAAGUUCAGUUAGGAACUUGUGAGAAAGGUCUGAUUAAAAUAGGUUGUAACUAGGAGAGUUUUCCCUAUUAUAGUGAAGUGUUUUGGUGUUUGAAAUCCCUUGGAGGGUCGAGGUUUUACUUCUAGUUGGGCCCUGGAAGGUUUCCUCGUAAAAUCUUGUGUGCUUUGCUAAGUUCCUUUAUAUUCUAUUUUAAUUCCGCAAAAGUAGUCAAUAGGAACUCACAUACAAUUUAACCCCCUCUUGUACUGUUCGUCUCAACUAACAAUUGGUAUCAGAGCUUUGGUUCUCGUGUUGAAGAAAAUAACUUUGCUAAGUAAGUUCCUGAGGAGAGAUGAACUAUCGAGAGAAGCUUGAAGAAGGGUACUCUACCCAACGUCCACCUAUGUUCAAUGGUAAGUUCUAUACCUACUAGAAGAACAGGAUGUAGAUAUUCAUCAAGGCUGAAAAUUACCAGGGUUGGCGCGUUAUUAAGUCUGGUGAUUUUGAGGUAACCAAAACUAAUGAGAAAAAAAAGGUAGUUCCUAAACCGUUAUCUGAUUUUGAAAAAUAGGAUUUUCAAAAAUAUGAAUUAAAUGCUUUAGCUAUUUAAUUGUUGCACUGUGGACUUGGACCCUAUGAGCACAACAGAAUCAUGGGAUGCAAGUCUGUUAAGAAAAUAUGGGAUCUACUGGAAGUUACUCAUGAAGGUACAAACGAGGUAAAACAUUCCAAGAUUGAUUUAUUGAUGUCUAAAUAUGAAAGAUUUGAAAUGCUACCUAAGGAAACCAUAGAAGAAAUGUUUAGUAGAUAUAAUGAUAUAAUCAAUGAGCUGGGUUCCCUUGACAGGUAUAUUCCUAUAGAUAAACAGGAUAGAAAGGUGUUCCUCAAGAUGAACGUAGGAGAUCUAAGGUGUAUGCAUUGCAAGAAACCAAGGACUUCACAAAGUUCAACAUGGAACAGCUGGCUGGAUCUUUAAUGACUCAUGAACUUCACUUAGGUUCCAAUGCAAAAAGUUCUAAGAACAAGAGUCUUGCUCUGAAAGCCCAAGACUCAGAUGAAUCUGAAGUUGAUGAAGAUGAGAUGGCCAUGUUAGUGAGAAGAUUCAAGCAGAUGAUGGGUAAUAGGAUGUUUAACAAGAACAAGAAAUUCUCAAGUUCCAAAGAGACUACCUGUUUCAAGUGUGGUUCAAAAGAUCACUUUAUUAGAGGCUGUCCUCUGAAGGAAACUGAUCAAUCAAAGUUCAAAGGCACGGACCAAGCUAAGGAUUCCAAAGCGUACAAGCCAUCCUUCUCAAAGGAGAAUGUGAGAAAGGCUAUGACAGUUUCCUAGCUAGGGAGACUCGGAUUUAGAAGAAGAAGAACAAUAACCCUCAGAAGAAUCAGCACACUUGUAUCUGAUGGCCAAAACAGAUGAAAAGGUUAAAGGAGCUAGAGGCUGAGGUAUGGUUUACUUCUAAUGAAUUAAUACAUUUCUCUAAAGAAAAACUGAUUGACGCUGUUUUGGAAGUUCAAGGUGAUUUAAUGGAUCUUUAUGUUGAAAAAGCAUAAAGUGACAAUGCACUUAAAACUUACAAAGAACACAGUAAAUGGAUAGAUAAGAUGAAACUUGAUUUUCAACAAAGAUUCUUUUACUUGUUUGACGAUAAUGUGAAGUUAAAAGAAACCGUUGAACGUCUAACACAUGAUAACAUACUUAUGAACGUGGAACCCUCCUUAUUGAAUUGAGUGGUGCUACCCCUAACUCUAAAGUUCCUCUUCUUGAUCAAUAUCCAAAUUUUGAAAAAUUAAAGUCUGAUUUAGAAGAACUAAAAGUGGAUAAAGCAAGACUUGAGGGGGAACUUUAAAGAGCUAGGAAGGGAAAACAACCCAUAGAGUACUGAUUAGGGAAUUUUUCCCUACCAAUCACCAUCUGACAAGUGGACCAAUCAGGUUCUGUCAUGUGUCCGCCGCACGGGCCAA